AAAUGACGAUGCGGUAUAUACCUAAUAUUACAAUAAUGUAAUAUUUCGAUUUUACUGUUUAAUGAGUUAUUAAUUGUCGGUCAUUACUGUCGACGGCAUUGCGAUGACCGCAGCAUGUAUACGUGCACCGCAUUCGUGACUUACGGGUUAUAGACGACCGUACUCGUGUGGUCGUUUGGCAGUUCCGCCGCUGUAUCCAAUAUAGCUGGUAUUGUUAUAUUAUGGCUUAUUUAUGACGAAAAAAAAUGUAUCAUCUGUACUGUUACGAUCAGUGUAUUGUUUGAUACGUACGUCAUUAUGAUAAACUACACUCGAAGAUAUAAUAAUUCGUGAUGGAGCUAUCGCCACUGCAGUUUUUCUCGUUGAUCGCAUCGCUGUUGUGUCACUCUGUCGUUUUUCAGGUGUCGGCCCGACGGAACGUCACUAGACACUUGCUGUAUCACUAUGGUAGUCAAAAGUCCGACGAUGGAGCAGUGGAUUCGAGAUGUCAACCGUGUACGUGUGGUGUUGGAUAUCCUGUAACGAGGAUCGUGGGCGGCAGCGAAGUCAGAGAAAACGAAUAUCCUUGGAUGGUGUCGCUGUGGAAUACUAAGAGGAAGUUUUUUUGCGGCGGUUCCAUCGUCACCGAUCAGUACGUACUAACGGCCGCCCACUGUUUUAGCGAAGUGCCGGCAACUAAUUAUCGGGAAAUUCAUGUCGUGCUCGGGCAGACCAGAAGGCCCGGCAGACUGUUUCCGGGUGGACCGCACGUCAUCCGUGCUUCGGUGGUGAAGAUACACCACAAGUAUAAUCGACUGGGGACGAACGUGCACGACAACGACAUAGCUUUGGUCAAGAUGGUCAGACCCGUGAAAUUCGAACGUACCACCCAGUCCAUUUGUCUGCCUAUGAUCAGGUACGACUACGGCGGGUUGACCGCUGCCGUGGCCGGUUGGGGACAGUUGGACGAAUUCAGUAGCACGUCGCUGACUCUCAGGCACGUGACGCUUCCCGUGUGGACCGAAAAGGAAUGUGCCGCCGUACCCGAGAUCGAGAAAACGGGAUACACGCCCAACAUGAUGUGCGCCGGACUCCGGGAAGGAGGAGCGGAUUCGUGUCAGGGCGACAGCGGUGGACCUCUGAUGCUCUAUGAUAAUACCGAAAAAAUAACAGUAGCAGGAAUCGUAUCGUGGGGUAUCGGGUGCGGAGCUCCAAAACUUCCUGGAGUGUACACAAGGGUCGACAAGUAUCUAGGAUGGAUAAUGAGAAACACGAAGGACAGUUGCCACUGUACAAACUGAAUGCAGUUUUCGUGAUU